CACACACACACACACACGAAUAGACAAACACUCUCUGCUCCACCCCAUAUCUACCUACCUUGACUGGCUGGGCUUGUUAGUGCUUACGCCCGUACCUGUUCACUAGCUCAGGGAGUGAAACACCUGUCAGACAGAGAAAGACUUUCCAUUUGCUCGCACCAGCCACACUUGGAGGGACACACUGAGACUGAUUCUUCACUGAACUGCGUGGACUUUGCUCUGCCGGAUAUAAAGUGAUAGCAGGUGGCCUGAAGAGAAGGCAGAACAAAGAAGAAAUAGAAACAUCUAGAACCACCAUGUCAAGCAGAAAAGAGGGGGACAAAGCGGCUGUGUUUCGUACCACCAAAGUGCGGACCAAGCUGAAGGGAGAUGGGAGCUGGUUGCAGCGCCGCGAUGAAACUCAGGCUGAGACGAGGGAGGAGAAACCCUGGUUAGCAGAAGUGAGAGCCGGCCGUGUGAAUGGAGCCCCUAUUGAGACCAGUCCAGUGUCUUCACCAACAAAACCCACUCUGCCACCCAACAAGCCUGACACUGAAAGACCCCCGAAGUCAGGAUUCCUGAUCAGAGGCGUUUUCACUAAACUUGAUGAAAAGCCUGAGUCCUCCUCAACAUCUAACGGUUUUAGUAAAACAACACAAUUCAACAAAAAACCUUCGGAGAGCUACAAGAGGAUAGCCCCCCACACUGUGAGGCCCACUUCGGAGAACCAAGAGGGCCAGCUUAGCCAGGAGGAGCAGGACAAACGGACGGAGGCAGCCAGCAAUGUUCUGAAGAAAUCUACAGUCAGGCAACGGUCUUAUGUGCUUUCUGCUGCUAAGAAAUACGAGUCGAAAGAAAACGCGCCUGACACCGUCACUCCAUCAUUUGUGGCUAAAAGGGUGGAGAUUAUUGAUGAUGAUGAGAGCGCUACAACUCCACCACCUGCCAGCUCUCCGCCUCCCUCCCCCGUCAUCCCCGUCACAUCUGUUGCCUCCGCGCCUCAGCCCGAACCAAGGAAAAUAGUUGAAACCAGUGUGACAACAGCUGCUAAUGAGCCAGUGGCUCCAAAGGUGGAGCAGACUGCACCAGAGCCUGUGAAAGAAGAACUCCCUCCAGUGUCUGUUACAAAAACAAAUCCAUUUGAAGACAUGAAACCAGGGUGCACCAAGGUGGCCACGCCCCUCCCUGAACUCAGCCCUGUGUGUGUUCAAGUUGUCUGCGCAGACCCAGAACCUGAGGAUUCAGAUGUUUCUGUGCAAGCUGACACCCCUCUGGUUCCACUCACCCCAGCAUUACCACCCACUCCAGCUACUGUAACAGACAUCACAGUGAAGUCAGAACCUGAACCUGAACCUGAACCUGAACCUGAGUCAGAACCUGAGCCAGAACCUGAACCUGAACCUGAGCCUGGGUCAGAACCAGAAUCUAAACUGUCCCCAAAGCCGAGCUCCAAUGUUGACACUCACAUCGCCUUGUACGACAGUCUCAUCUCUUUUGACACAAGUUCAACCAGCUUCAAGGGUGAUGAGCCAGAGCUGGCAAAGGAAGAUGGAGGCUCAGUGGACGGUCACACCACAGAGAAUGGUGUUGAAGAGGAGCCAGCUACAGCUCUCAGCAACUGUGAACCAAUAACAGAGGAUCUCCUGGCUCUCAAUGAUGGUCCGGAGGAGUCAGCAGAGCCUGUUCCCUCCAGCCCAGGACGCUGGAGUCAGGAUCUGCUCAGCGGACUAGACAGUGAGGCAGAACCAGCAAAGACCAGUGGCCCCCUGGAUCUCCUGGCUAAUGAUGUCAUUCUAAUCAACACAGAGCCACACAGCCUCAGCACGCAGCGAGAGGAGGAGAAGCAGACAGAUGAGACAGCCAAAGCAACACAAAGCCCCACAGAGACAGUCACUAUAACCACCAAAACUGUGAUCGUUACUGACAAAAGUGAAGAGGACAAUGCAGAUCCCUGGAGCACACAUGUGACAACUGCGGUCACUGAAUCAAGCUCGGCUGAUCCGUUUGAUCCAUAUCCGAUAGGGACCACAUCCCCUAACAGCUCGUCUGACCUGCUCCAGCCCCUCACAGAUAUUUCCAUCAACAGUGCAUCAGCCACUUCUAUGGAGAACAAGGAUCCAAGUCCAGAAAUAAAUAUGAGCAGUAAUGGACUGAAAUCCCUUGCAGAGGACGUGAUCCCCAUCAACACUGACACCACAAGUCUCAGCACUAGGCGGUCAUGGGCACGCACAUGGGAAACCAGCACACUUCAGCAGACUAACGCAGAGGAGAGCCAAGAACCUGAACCCGAAGGCCAAGCUAAAGAUCAACAGACGCUGAUCAUGUUUGAGAGAAAGUCCACUGAGAAUGACUCCCCAUGGGACAGGUGGACAUCACCCACUGUCUAUACUGUCACUACAGGAGAGGAAGAGGAAGAAGAAGAGGCGGAGGAGGAGGAGAAGGAGGAGGAGGCGGAGGAGGAUGAGGAGGAGGAAGAAAGCCCUGAGGAUACACAGAAGCAGACAGUCACAACCUUCACCACUAUCAGGGAGACACACAGUGAACCAGAGCCUGCUAUGGAUCGUUAUGAAACCUAUUCCAGGACCGUGAUAGAAGAAGACCGUCGUGUCCAAACACCAGAACCUGAGACCAAGAAGGGGUUCGUUUAUGUGAAAGAGUAUGUCAAUGCAACAGAGCUGUCCUUGCAUAAUGCCAAAGAUACAAGCGAUGGUGGAUCAGACAAUUUGACAUCAAGCUCCGUGGAUUACUCUUACAGCAGCCCCUCCACUUACUCCAGUGGCUCGCUGUCAUCCACCUGUACAUACUGCGGAGAGCAGGUGGGCAAUGAUGCCAAGAUCACCAUUGAGCACCUCAACAUCAACUGUCACCCUGCCUGCUUCAAGUGCGGUGUGUGUAGUAAGCCCAUGGGAGACCUUCUCUACAGUAUGUUCCUACAUGGUGGGAAAGUCCACUGCGAGAGCUGCUACUCCAAAUCUUUCGACUGAUUAACAAGGCUCUUCAGCCGUCUCUUGUCCUCACCCGCUUCCCUUCGCAUUCAUUUGCAUAUAAAGUGAGAACUGUUCUUUCACAAAGUUUGUACGGUGUUCAGUUUGAACUUUUCCGUGGUUCAGGGUGAUCAGAGCCUCCUAUAGUGAACAAUACCAUUGCUCAAUGUUGAUUCUUACAUUAGGUUAAAUUUUGUAAUUUCUCAAACAUGUUAUACAACUGUGUGUUUUUUUUUUUUUCCCUGGUGGUAAUAGUUGUAUCUGACUCAGUAGACUAUGAAGGAUAUAUCUGUACAACACAGUGAACUGUGAACAGACUAAUACUGGCAAAUGGGGUAUAAUAUUAUAAUUUAGUAACAGAUGGUAUGCAAGAAAAUGACUUUGUUACAAAAUGUUUACUUCCUUUGUUCUUCUUGAUACAAAAUAGUGUGUUCACAUGUGUGAUGCUUUGUUAACAAAAUAAAAUGAUUUAUAAGA